AUGGGGAAACCACGCAUGAUUAUACUGAUCAGACACGCUCAGUCAGAGGGCAACAAAAACCGCGACAUCCACCAAACGAUCCCCGACCACCGCGUUAAACUGACACCAGAAGGCUGGCUGCAGGCCUACGAUGCCGGACGGCGCCUCCGCGACCUGUUACGCGCAGACGACACCCUCCACUUCUUCACCUCCCCCUACCGCCGCACGCGGGAAACAACAGAGGGCAUCCUGAAGACGUUAACCUCAGACGAGCCCUCACCUACCCCCUUCCCUCGACACUCGAUUAAGGUAUACGAAGAACCGCGUUUGCGGGAGCAGGAUUUCGGCAAUUUCCAGCCAUGCAGUGCGGAGAUGGAGCGCAUGUGGCAGGAGAGGGCGGAUUAUGGACAUUUCUUCUACAGGAUCCCGAAUGGGGAGAGCGCGGCGGAUGCGUAUGAUCGGAUUAGCGGGUUUAAUGAGAGUCUGUGGCGGCAGUUCGGGGAGGAUGAUUGUGCAAGUGUUUGUGUUCUUGUCACCCAUGGCCUCAUGAGCCGCGUCUUCCUCAUGAAAUGGUACCACUUCUCCGUCGAGUACUUCGAGGACCUGCGCAAUGUAAACCACUGCGAAUUCCUCAUCAUGCGCAAGAAAGAAGACAGUGGGAAAUACAUCCUGGAAAACAACCUUCGCACCUGGUCUGAACUCAAACGCGAACGUCUGGCCGCAGCAGCAGCGAAAGAGAAAGCCAAUCCCUCGUCCCCAACUACUGCUACGGCCGUUUCAGAAAAAGACAGAGAGAAAGAAAAGAAGCUGCUAGGUGGAGCAGGCGAGGGCAGUUCCAGCAACGCGGGCACAACGUCCCCCGUUCCAGUACGGAAGAAAUGGGGAGGUUGCCCAAACGGCUGCGAUCACGGAAAACACGCCUACAGGAAAGAGAACAGCAUGCACGCCAUGCAACUCAACGGGAAGCCCUCCACCACAUCCUCACCCAUAACCUCCGAGCCCCCCUCAAACCCCCUCCCUUUCCGCCGUCCCACGGCCAGGCGCUGGCAAUCCUCCUCCGACGAGGAGGAAGACGACCCACGAGGCAGACUCGGCCCAACCGUCGAUGUGCAGCGCAGUCUCGACGAGGUGGUCUCGAGUCCCGACGGCACGCCGAGUUUUAUCUCCGUGGAGGAUCGACUGCGAAGUCGGGUCAAGUCCCCGAGGAACGACAAUCUGCUGUUGGUGAAGACGGCGGGGCGGGAUUUCGGCGGCAGCGCGAGUGGGAAUACGAGUCAAGCGGGGAGCGACACGGAGUUUAGCGCGGAAGAGGAUGCGCGGAAGAGGUUGGCGAAGGGGAAGUUGGUGGGGAGUGCGAUGGGGAAAGGGAGUGGGAGUGCGGCGGGGCAUGGGGGAGUGGUGAUGAAUGGAAAUGGGAAAGGGAAAGGGAUGUUUAGAGAGCAGAGUGGGAUGGGGAGGGGCGCGCUGGCGGAUGCGUUGGGCGAUCAGAGUGAUGUUGGUAGUGAUGCUGGGAGUGAGGCUGAGCUGGAACUCUCGCCCGAGUUGGAGAGUUUGAGGGAGGAGGAGAUGCUGGAUAAGAGUAUUAAGGGGAGUGUGUAUUGA